AUAAUACGAUAUAAUAUAUAAUUAUGGCGCCAUUCUAUAAACGCAUCUGCCGCAGCCUGUCCAAGCGUUGCAAAGAGCCUUCACUUAGUUUGGACAAUACAGUGGAAACGUUGCUGAUUAAAAACGAGGGAGAUUUCAUCAGUGUGGAGCAGGGCAAAGAAUUGACAGCGGCCGCAGCGAAUGCCCGUAAACGUAACUCACAACAAUUGACUCACCAUCCGCAUGGAGGACAUCAUCAGCAUCAGCAUCAUCCGCAUUCACAUCAGCAGCAGCAUCAUCAUCAGCAGCAGCAACACCAACAACAACAACAACAACACAAGCGGGAUGAGAAUAUGAGGCAACUGUUGGAUGUAACCAAUACGCUGACCAUUGAGGAGCUAAGAGAUUUUGAAAUGCGCUAUGGCUCACCUCAUCACAGCCGCUCACAAUCUGUUAAGAUGCCCGGAAGUCGUGCCUCUGGACGACCAAAUCAAUUGUGUUUACCCCAACAAAGAUCUCGAGUGGCUUCGAUGCCUAAUACUGGCGUUGAGGAGGAAUACUAUAGAUUGCGUCAUUUCUCCAUAACGGGCAAGGGUGUGGUUAAUCGUGGUGAUUCCCUAAAGAGUCGUCGCAGUCGUUCCAAUAAUAGUGUGGCAAGUUCAAAUUCCAGCACAGAGCAUUUAACAGCCCAACAGCAGCAGCAGCAACAACAACAGCAACAACAACAAUUGCCAGCUCCAACCUCAACAUCAGCCAGAACAUCAUUGGCCUCCAGUCGAGAGAGCAGCACAUCCAAUCCCGGCAAUGGUCCCUACAGAGUCCUGAUGCUCGGUGGCCCGGCAGUGGGUAAAAGUUCAUUGGUCUCACAGUUUAUGACCUCAGAGUAUUUGCAUGCCUAUGACACAAGUAUUGAUCUAGGCAACUCUGAUAUACGCAUACAUAUUGAAAAAGCCGCUGACGAUGAUGAAUCUGGUGAGAAGGCCGUAUCAGUAUUACUCAGUGGCGAGGAAUCCGAAUUGAUAUUCAUUGAUCAUGGCUAUACCGAUAUGACGCCGGAUGAAUGCUUGACCAACUAUGAUCCGCAUGGCUAUUGCGUCAUCUAUUCAGCCGCGGACCGGAGCAGCUUCAAUAUAGCCGAACAGGUGCUUCAAAUUCUAUGGACCAAUCAGAAUAUAGCACAGAAAGCAGUCAUAUUGGUAUCGAACAAAGCGGAUUUGGCCAGGAGUCGUUUGGUUACAUCUGAAGAGGGCAAGGCCAUGGCCACGGCGUAUGACUGUAAAUUUAUAGAAACUUCGGUGGGCAUUAAUCACAAUGUGGAUGAGUUGCUGGUGGGUCUGCUGUCGCAGAUACGUCUUAAGUUAGAGAAUCCCGAAAAGUCAAGGGAUCUAUUCCGUAAGCGCUCUAUCCGCAAAUCAAAGCGUCGCGCCUGCUCUCCACUCAGUGCUGGCUGUCUGAAUGCCAAUACUCCAUUGGGUCCUCUGUCAGGACCUCUGGGCGAAGGAGCUGGUACACCACCAGGCAGUGCCCACAGCAGUCCUCGCAAAUAUCGCGGUUCUCGUACUUCCACCAGUCUUAAGGUCAAAGGUCUAUUGGGACGCGUCUGGACGAGAGAUUCCAAGUCCAAAAGCUGUGAGAAUCUCCAUGUUCUCUAAGCAGCUUGAGAGAAUUUUGUUUAUUUCUACAAAUUUUGGUUUUCAAAAUUGAAACAAAACAAAAAACAAAAGAAAUUACCAAUAGACUCCUUUCAUUUGGGUUUCUUUAAGUGCCCGAAGAUUUUGUAAAUAUUGUAUUUUUAUGCUUUAAAAUUACAUUUAUUUUCUAAGAAUCUUAUGUACCUAAUUUUAGUUUAUUUAUAAA